UUAGGUCCAAUGUGUCCGGAAGUGGAAACGCCGCUCAAUUCGUCCCGACCGUGUCCUCGUCUGGCUCUUUCCACGCGGUGCGGAACAUUAAAGUUGCACUUUUAACGUCGGAAACAUGAUGUCAAACUUAGAGCGGAAGUGACAUAAAGGUUGACAAUGAGCUCUCAGGACGUCCUGAAGAGCGCGUCCACUUUGGCGUCGUACAAUGUGUUGCUACAGGUGAUGUUCCGUGUGCUUACCUUUCUGUUGAACGCCUUCACUCUGCGCUUUGUGUCCAAGGAGCUGAUCGGGGUGGUGAACGUCAGGCUGACCCUCCUCUAUUCAACGUUGGUGUUUUUAUCCAGGGAAGCUUUCAGAAGAGCCUGUCUGAGUGGAGGCACAGGUGGGAAGCACAACUGGAGGCAGCUUGUCAACCUGCUAUGGAUGACGUUGCCUCUGGGUUUCUUCUGGGGAGUCCUGCUGGCCUGCGUGUGGCUCUGGCUUCUGGAGGUCCCGGAUCCUCAAGCGGUUCCUUUCUACGGCCCCGCCGUGGUCCUGUUCGCCCUGGCGGGGGUGCAGGAGCUCCUGGCCGAGCCCCUCUGGGUGCUGGCCCAGGCUCACAUGUUCCUGCGCCUCAAGGUGGUCGCCGAGAGCUUGGCCCUGCUGGCCAAGUGUGGCGUCACGGUGGUGCUGGUGGUGUGGGCUCGUCAGUGGGGGCUUUACAUCUUCGCCGCUGCUCACCUGCUGUACACGGGCGUGCUGGUGCUGUGCUACGUUGGCUACUUCCUGCGCUUCUUGCCGUCUGAAGAGGCCAUCAAGAGCCGUUUCCCUCUUCGCAGUGUCAGGGAUCUUAUUCCUCAUCCAGCUCAUGGAGAGCCGCUGCUGGACUGGACUGUGGCCCGGCUCACCUGGAGCUUCUUCAAGCAGUCCUUCCUCAAGCAGAUCCUGACGGAAGGCGAGCGCUACGUCAUGACCUUCCUGAACGUUCUCAGCUUCGGGGACCAAGGCGUCUACGACAUCGUCAACAACCUGGGCUCCAUGGUGGCGCGCUUCGUCUUCCUGCCCAUCGAGGAAAGCUUCUACGUCUUCUUCGCCAAAGUGCUGGAGCGCGGUCGCCAUGUCGAGAGCCAGAGAGAGGAAGAUGUUAGUGUGGCGGCAGAGGUGCUGGAAUGUCUGCUGAAGCUGGUGCUGGUGCUGGGACUCGUCAUUGCAGUCUUUGGAUACGCAUACUCUGGCCUGGCACUGGAUGUCUAUGGUGGCUCUAUGCUGAGUAGUGGAGCAGGUCCUUCCCUGCUGCGAUGCUACAGCUGCUACGUCCUCCUGCUGGCGGUGAACGGCGUGACCGAGUGCUUUGUGUUUGCCGCCAUGAGCCAGGAAGAGGUGGACAAGUAUAACGUGGUGAUGCUGGCCUUGUCCGUGUCCUUCCUCUUCCUGUCCUACAUGCUGACGUGGUGGGCGGGCGGCGUGGGCUUCAUCCUGGCCAACUGCCUCAACAUGGCCCUGCGCAUCUUGCACAGCGUCCUGUACAUCCACCGCUACUUCCUGUCCAGCCCCUGGGCACCUCUGCGAGGCCUGCAGCCCUCGCCGCUGCUGUGCCUGGCGCUCGCCGUCAGCGCGGGGGUCACAGUCGUUAGUGAGAGAGUUUUCUGCUGUGACGGCGGCUGGCUCCUCAGGCUGGUCCACGUGGGCGUGGGAGCAGUGUGUCUCCUUUUCGUGCUCUUAGCCCUUCUUCUCACGGAAAGUAGACUCGUUGUGUUUGUGAGGACGCAGCUUUUGCCACAAUACAGGAAAAAACACACUUAACUUUCAUGGAAAACGUGUUUUUACUGGCGACUCGUCUGUGAAUGUGUGCUGAGACUGCUACUGUGUAAGAUAAUACUCUUGUGUGGCGACGUUUGUGCAAUGGCGUGACGUACAAAUCCCCCCAAAAAUAUCCUGCGUCUGAGCUGUGGAUCGUUAAGGCUGAUUAUUGAAAUGGGUGCUUUUACUUCAGCUGCAAUAACUACUUCUCACACACAUUACCAUGGUUACUCACCAUGGCGAGCUAACAAGCUAAAUGAAGUUGGACCAUCUGUCAAAUACAAAGUUUGGCUCAGGGGAUUU